GUUUUCAUGAACUGGUUUUUAAAUAAAAGUAUCUUUGAAUCAAUUCAUUUCUGUUGGAAAAAAUGGAUAUCUGUAAACCUCAAGGUUUGCGAGUGAUUGGUUUCAUUGGCAGUGUUGUUGCUAUCACCUACUUUUCAUUUUUUUACCACAUCUUCCAAAGCAGCGAUCAGAUCCGGACGGCAAUAUUAGAGGAAUUUGUGGAUUUGAAAAGCUCGAAUGUAACACAUAUAAUUUUAUGGUGGAAUAGGCCAGCGUGGCUUGCAACCUAUGAAAGAAAAUGUGGUAACUGUAUUACUGCAACGAACAGGGGUAUUUUCCAUAAAAGCUCUGCAGUGGUGUUUUCCCUAGCAGAUCGUGGGAUGGGAACAAAACCACCAAUAAAAGACAAUAAGAGAAACCAAAAUCAAAUCUGGAUAGCGUUCUCAUUAGAAACAAAUGUGCAAAACUCUAGGAUCAGAGAUUACAGAAAUCAACAUUGGAAAAAUGUGUUCAAUUGGACAUGGAACUAUAGACCUUCUGCAGAUAUUUUUAUGCCGUCUGGAAGGGUAUCAAAAAGAUUAAAGCCAUUGUCAAAGGACUACUCCAUGAUAUUUCAACGUAAGAACAAAUUUGCAGCAUGGGCCGUCAGUCACUGCAAUGCACACAGUUUAAGAGACAAAUUUGUGACACAAAUGAAUAUGUAUUUGCAAAACGGGAGUAUCGAUAUAUUUGGAAAAUGUGGCCGUUUUAAGAUUUCAAAGAGUGAACUUUCUUCUUUACUAAAUUAUGAUUACAAAUUUUAUCUAGCGUUCGAAAAUGCUUUUUGUGAUGAUUAUGUAACGGAAAAAAUAUUUGCAAAUUAUAACAAUGACGUUAUUAAUGUUGUCCGCGGAAGAGCAAAUUAUACCGAAAUAUUUUCAAAAGACUCCUUCAUCAACACCAAGGACUUCAGAAACACAAGUGAUUUAGUUCGUUUUAUGAUUGAAGUGUCGGAAAAUGAAACAUUGUAUUCGAAUGUUUUAAUUCAGAAAGAUAAAUUUCAAGCUUGGGGCAGACUUGGAGAGCAAUAUAAAAAUUCAUUAUGUGAUAUUUGCCGGAAAUUGAAUGAUCCCUUUCUUGAAAAAAAGACAAUUAUUGACGCAGAAGACGAGCUUGGACAGUGCAUUAAACCAAAUGAUGUUUAGUGUAACUGAGUAUUUCAUUUUAAUCGAACAGGUCACAAUCCGGAUGUCUCAAUAUAUUAUUGUUUAAAUCAUAUCGUAAAUAAGAACUUGCCAAACGCUUAAAUAAAAAAAA